CAUUAGUUGUGUGCAUCAUAUCAUAAUUGAGUGUUUUGGGACCCUCUAAUUACAUAAUAGAGACUACUUAUGACAAUAACAACUAAUCUUCUUUCAAAACUACGUUUUAAUUCAUCUACUAAUUUUUUUUUCUUCAUCAUUCUCUCAAUUUUGAUCGUCUAAUGCCUGAAAAAUGACAAUCUUGCGCAGUCAUAGCCGUUUACUCCUAAGAACACCACCUCCAUCACCAAUCUCUAAUGCUAGAGGAUUCAAAACAGCAGCUGUGAAUGACGAUAUUCUAGCUGAUUACUUAGAGAAAACCCUCCAAGUACCUGAUUUAACAUUACCAGAAUCCUAUUCGUUAUCACAUAAUAAAAAUGAGAAUAAUCAUUCUCAUCGGCAUCAUAUUCCGUUUGAGAUUAAUUAUUCUGCAUUGAAGUCUAGAGAUGAGGAUUCUGUUCGUCAACUGUUUCAAUCGGUUACGGAGUUAGGUGUGUUUCGACUAACCGGUCAUGGUGUUUCCGCUGAAGAACUGCAGUCGACUAUUAGUGAAGCUGACUUGGUUUUUCGGAGUCUGAUAAAGAAGAAAAAGAAACCGAAUUUGAGUAUUAAUCUCGGCUCUAAAAAGGUAAUUAGAGAAGAAUUCUUUUGGUUUGGAUCGGAGAAUCAAAUGGAUGAUGCAACGUUAGCUGCACAAAUCGGAAAUGAAAAUUAUACGCUACUUAGCCAUAAAUUGGAUGAUAUAUAUGAUCAACUGGAAGUGGUAGCAGAGAAUGUGGGUAAAAUUCUGUUUGAAAAUAUGAAUGGUGAACUAGAAUUAGAAAAGAGAAAAGACGUCCAAGGAAGAGAAUCAGUUCUAUGUUACUACAAAUUCAGUAAAACUCAUCGUUUUCAUGGUGAUGAUGGGAGUGAUUCACAACGACAGUUAUUUGAUGAGGAAGAGUGGAAGAAUGGGAAAUCGUCGAGAGUCCAUGCUUUUAGUCUAUACCUUUACGUUGGGGAUCAGAAGUUCCAUACAGAAAGGGGCUUAUUGUCCUGCAAAGCUUGCUCUGGUACCAUUGUUGUCACCAUUAAGAAACAACUCGAGGAAUGGAGCCAGGGGAGGUUAAAAUGUGUUCCAGGGGAACCGAUUGUGGAUCGAAACAUCCAUGUUAACCCAUCUUAUGCUAUUGAGUUUAUGUACUCACCACCUUCAUCAUCCUUUCUAAAUUAUAACUCUAACGACAGAAGGAUGAGUUUCGUUUCCAUAUUUGAUCAGAUUCUGAUAGUAAUGAUUUCUGUUCUUUUAUACAGUUUCUUUUCGUAUUUAUCAUCUAAACUAAAAUAGCAAACCGUAGAGUUCUGGUUGAUUCAAGAUUAUACUUAUUUCCCACAAAAUUUGACUGUAAUGAAAUCUGUAUAGUUUUAUAGAGAGACAUGCUUCAUGGUGGAUAUCAUGGGCGGGAGUUUACCCAAUUUGAUAAUAUUGUAUAGGUCUGUCUUGGUUUAUUUACAAUGAGUUUGUAUGUGAUUGGGUGAGCGGUUGAUGUUUUGAAUAAUAAGAAACAAUUUUUUGUUAACAAAGCACAUCAAUUUGUUGAUUA